GUUUGGGGUUCAGGGUCACAUAUUGUGCCUUCUCAAUAAUUUUCCAGUGAGCUUUCAUUAUUUCAUCAUAAGUAUGUACAUCAAACAUUUUUAGCAUAUAAAGAAAAGCACCACAACCAAUACUUCCUGUAUAAGCUGACUUUGUACACAGAAUAAAUAAGCUUGAAGCAUUUGCACAUCCGUGUCUGUGUGUUUUAUGCUCUGAGAUCUCGUAGCUCUGGUCCAAGGGUCUAUACUGCACAUGCUUUGAUUGAAGAAUUAUCUAACAAAUAGGACUCAAGUUAUCAAUGGAGUUCACAACAGUACAGACAGGAGUCAUGGACACUAACUUCAAUCAAACCGCUCGAAAUCACUCAUCAGGUGGCUGUUCACUUGAAAGUCCUCUGAUGACAACAGUGCUUCCCAUUCUCUACAGCAUUCUCUUCAUCCUCAGCCUGUCUCUGAAUGGCCUGGCAGCAUGGGUCUUCCUCAGGAUCCCCAGCAAAUCUCACUUUAUCAUCUACUUAAAGAACAUCGUUGUGGCUGAUAUUAUCAUGACUCUCACUUUCCCUUUUAAGAUCCUCAGCGACUCAAACGUAGCAUCCAUGGGGACGCGUGUCUUUGCCUGUCGUAUGUCAUCCGUGCUGUUCUACCUCACUUUGUAUAUCAGCAUUCUGUUCAUUGGCCUGAUAAGCCUCGAUCGCUGUAGAAAGACCAUGUGGCCUUCUGCCGGCACCAGCAAGAGACGCCUGCUGCACAGAAAGCUCCUCUCAGGCUUCAUAUGGUCCUCGCUCGUGGCUCUUUUCCUACCGAACAUUAUUUUGACUAGUCGUACAAACACUUCAUCUCACUUUAUGUGCAGUGACCUGAAGACACCGAUGGGACUACUAUGGCAUGAGGUGGUCAUACUUAUUUGCCAGGUGAUCUUCUGGGGAAACCUGAUAAUUGUGAUAAUAUGUUACGUUCUCAUUUCAAAAGAGCUUUACAAGUCUUACGCUCGAACAAGAUCUCAGCAUGCAGUGAGCCAGGGACAGCAGAAGAAAUCCAGUAUACAGGCUAACAUCUUCCUUGUAUUGGCCGUCUUUAUCGUUUGCUUUGUACCUUACCAUUUUGCCCGAGUGCCGUACACCAACAGCCAGAUACGAGGACAGAUGUUUAACUGCCAGGAGAAAUUGUUAUUGUUCCUGUUGAAGGAGAGCACGCUGUGGUUUUCCUCUCUCAAUGCUGUGCUGGAUCCACUCAUCUACUUCUUCCUCUGCAAGUCUUUUAGGAAAUCUCUGUUUAACACUCUCAGUAUCUCUCCUGGAUGCUGCAGAGAUUUCAGGACAGACACGGGUAAUAUACAGAGAGAAACUUCAGAAAAGCAGAACGAUCUCUUAUAAUACAAUAAUGGCAGUGAGGUUAUAAUGCAGCCCUAUCCUAUAUGUUUAUUCUGAGAAAGGAUUACAUCAUCAUCUGUGCUUAAACUGACAGAAAUGCUUUGUUACAACUACAUGAAUGAUCUCAUGACACCUGUCAAUAUUUCACCUCAAAAAUCAAAGAAAAAAAAUGCAUUUAUUAAGAUUUUAUUAUUUGAAGUACUGAUGUUUAUUGUACUGCUUUUAAUAAUGCUAAUUUAGUAAAAGCAAUAAAUUAUAAUCAUCAAUAAUGAAGAACCACUGAGAAUCACAUUAAGGUAAAACAUUUGAAUUAUAGUAAUGUGAUAUUUUUAAUGUGGAAAAAAGUGCCAAAAGGACCAAAAAAUCUUAACUUAAGAUGGUUCUUUCUGCAAUGGUGUCUAACAAGCCUAUUACGGCUGGGCAUACAGUAGUAUGCAAGACACAAUAAUAAAAAAUAUUCAUUCAUUCAUUC